UUUGUGUUUGUUUUGUAAAAUUUGUGUCAUUAUUUUUUUUAAAUGGACAGCCUAUCGGCCACGGUUUUAUCUGCUGAGACAAAAAAUUUGAUCGAGACUCGUAACCAUGAACUAAAGCGUGUGCUGAAAUUAAAACUUUUGCUGGAGCUAGUCCGGACUUUAGAUUUGGGCCCAAACCCGAGUCCUGAGAUUAAGCGAGCUCUAAAAUUAGUUUCCAUAGGCGAAUACAUAUGCCCGGGUGAAGGUCAAGAAUUCAAUCGAGAGAAUUUGACAGGAACCGAUCUCAAUUACGCUGAUCGCAAGGCGUUGAUGUCCAAAUUUUCUGCUCAUCUGCGCACAACUCUGACACCAAUAGCUGAUGAAGGCCGUAAACUACGUUCCGAAUUUCCUGACGCAUUUAACAAUGACUGUGGGCUUAGUACAGGACAAAAAGAAAUUAUACGACUAGAAAAAGAACAUCGCGCUUGCUUAGAAAAGUUGGUGGAAAAGCUGAGCCGUAAAUGUAAACUACUUCAGACAGCAGCAGACCUCAAAAUGGGGCCACAUUUGGCAAACGAAUUGAAGCUUCAACAGGCGCAGGCGCAUCUGAUGCAAACGAAAGCAGAAUUAUUGCGCAGCUUCCUUACAAACGAGAUUGCGACCAAGACAGAGCACAGUGUGAAGGCUCACAAAGAGGUUGAACAAUAUCUAGAUGAACUAUUGAGCUUAAAAAAUAAUUGCCGUUGAGCAGAAAUCCCAUAGAAUAAUAUUGAUUUACCAAUUUAGAAUAAAAAAUAAGUAACAAGUA